UACCGAUGGAAUUUUAAGGAAAAAAAAGAGAACUAUAUAUAAACCCAUCGUCGUCUUCAAGGAUAGAAAAGAAAAUAUGGUAGAAAGUAAAAUCUUCUUUCUUGAUCGGUCGUUUUAUGAUUAACCAAAAGCAAGAAAUAAAGAAAUCUUUCUCUGAUAAAAUUUUCCGUUUGUUUCCUGAGCAAAUCUUGGGAGGAAAUUUUUUUUUUUUUUUUUCUUUUGUUAACGUGAUUCUGAAGCUUUCUUUUGGAGAAUCCUAGUUAACUCGCCGCGUUUACUCAGAAAGCGGGUGAGGAUGUCGACUCCAGCAAGGAAGAGACUUAUGAGGGAUUUUAAGAGGUUGCAACAAGAUCCUCCUGCAGGAAUUAGUGGUGCUCCUCAAGAUAACAAUAUUAUGCUCUGGAAUGCUGUGAUAUUUGGCCCUGAUGACACCCCAUGGGAUGGAGGUACGUUCAAACUGACACUUCAGUUUAUGGAGGAUUAUCCAAACAAGCCACCAACAGUUCGUUUUGUAUCUCGAAUGUUCCAUCCAAACAUUUAUGCAGAUGGAAGCAUCUGUUUGGACAUUCUACAAAAUCAGUGGAGUCCGAUUUAUGAUGUAGCAGCAAUACUGACAUCAAUUCAGUCAUUGCUUUGUGAUCCAAAUCCAAAUUCUCCUGCAAAUUCGGAAGCUGCUCGGAUGUUUAGUGAGAACAAGCGUGAAUACAAUAGGAGAGUACGUGAGAUUGUCGAGCAGAGUUGGACUGCUGAUUGAUAUCUCAUGCUUUGGCUCCGUAGAAAGAACAAGCGCGAAUAGCGUGAAUACAAUAGGAGUACGUGAGGUUGUCUAGCAGAGCUGGACUGCCGAUUGAUAGCUCAUGGUUCGGUUCUAUGGAAUUUCAAAAAUAGUCCAGUGGCCUGUCUAAAUAACAUUGACACUGAAAAUGUGUUGCAAACUAUUUUGACUUUAUUACGUUGUUUGUUUUAUGAGGACGGAUGGUGCUCCUUUAAUUGAAAUGAUUGUUCUAAUC